CCUCGGAGAAUCAAUUCCACCAUCGUCUCAUCUUUCUUUCUGAUCGAUCGAUAUAUGCAUCAGAAGAAGAAAUUCCUUUGAUCUCUCAGAUCUUUUUUUGUUUUUCUUUCCGACAAUGUCCAAGUCUCCGUGGGGAAACAUUAACUCAUGGGCUGCUGAAUCUGAAGCCGCGGAGCGGGAAGAGGCCGCCGCCGCUGCGGCGGCGGCGGCUGCCGGCGGGGAUUCUCAGAACUUCCCGAGUCUCAGGGAGGCUGCCACCGCGAAGCCGAAGAAGAAAGCUCCUGCGAAGAUGUCGUGGCAGGAGUUCUCCACCACGCUUGUGCAGGAGCCGUAUCGCGCUUCAGGGGCCGGUUCCAGGUUGACGCCGGACGAGAUGAUGUAUCUUCCGACGGGUCCCAGAGAGCGGUCGGCGGAGGAAAUGCAAUCCGGUCGGCUCGGUGGAGGGUUCUCGAACUACGGCAGCAGGUUCGCUGGCCAGCAAUCGGGGAGGGGCCGGGAUCGUGACGGCGACGGGGAAGGUUCCUGGGCUAACAAUCGGAGGCCUUAUGGAGGUUUCGAUGAUGAUCGGAGAGGUCCUCCGCCAUCUAGGGCUUCGGAUUUCGAUCAGCCCUCUCGAGCUGACGAGGUCGACAAUUGGGCUUCGGCUAAGAAACCCUUUCCGUCGUACGACUCUAAUCCCACUCCCGCUUCCGCCGCUCAUUCCAGGUAUGCCAUGCUAGGUGCCGGCGGUGGCGCGUCUAGAGCUGACGGCGAUGAUAAUUGGGCCGCUUCCAAGAGGCACAUUGCUCCUCCUCCUCCUCCCACCAGAUCUUCCACCUUCGGUUCCGAAUUCAGAGACUCAAGGUCUGAAACUGAUCGCUGGACAAGGGGUGCAAGUCAGAGAUUGGUUUUGGAUUCCCCUAAGAGUGAGCAGGGAACUGAGGUUCCAGUGAAGGCGAACAGACCCAAUCCCUUUGGGGCGGCAAGGCCGAGGGAGGAGGUGCUGGCAGAGAAAGGUCUGGACUGGAAAAAAUUGGAUAUUGAGAUAGAGGCAAAGAAGAGCACCAGCCGCCCAACAAGCUCACAGUCAAGCAGGCCUCAGAGCUCCGAGUCUGCCCGUUCUGAUGGGCGGGUACUGCCGGGUGUGGUUGAAGGGGAAGUGAAGCCGAAGGUCAAAGUAAAUCCCUUUGGAAAUGCCAAGCCCAGAGAGGUUUUGCUAGAAGAAAAGGGUCUUGAUUGGAGGAAGAUCGACUUGGAGUUGGAGCAUGGACGCGUUAACAGGCUUGAAACAGAUGAGGAGAAAAAUCUGAAAAAAGAAAUAGAACUGCUUAAAGAAGAAGCACGUCAAAAUCCCGGCGAAGGGCACAUCCAUGAUCUGUUAAGCAAAAAAGAAAAGGAAUUGGAAGUGCUGACCAUUGACUUGGAUGACAAAGCUCGUUUUGGGGAGAAAGCCAGUGAGAGGCCAGGAUCAUCAUCAUCAUCUGGCAGAGUUCAUGAGAGACCCCCUUCUCGGCCGGGAUCUGUUGAUGAACAUAGAAGUGGGGAGUUCAUGGAUAGUAGGCCAAGAUCACGUGGUAGGGGAGGAGGAGAUGCUUGGCAUGGCAGAGUUGAUGACAGAAGAAGAGCCGUGCAGCAAGGCGGUGGUUGGCCAGGUGAUGACCGGCGAGCUUCCCAAGGUGGUAGACCAACAGAGGACAUAAGAUCUUUUCAGGGUGCUGCUCGGCCAAGUGAUGACAGGCGAUUUGCUCAAGGUGGUGGUAGAGAUGGAAGAUUUUUUGGUAACCGAAACAUGGACAGGUCAUCAAGAUCAGAUGACAGGUGGUAAACUCCAACUACUGUGGAUCCUCUGUUCUGACUGAUUAUUGGAAGAAAAUAAUUUUUUUUGUCAACUUUUAUUUAAUUGCACCUUAAGUUUUGCUGUGAGAAUUGGGGCUAGAAUUGUUUGGGUAUUAGCACUAAGUACAUUAGUUUGUGAUGCAUCUUGACACUUUUGUGCAAAAUUUGCAUUUCUCUGCUUUUUUUUUCUCUUUUAUCAGUUAUAGGCAGGAAAACAUCUGUUUUGCUUUGUUCCAAAGACUAUUGUAAUGAACAUUUAUGUGUGGGUGCAAAAUUGGGUCGGGGCAUUUCUUGGACCCCACAACCCCUAAACUGCACCCACACUACGCUUGCAAUUCUGUCGAUUC